AUGCCGCAGGAUAAAGAAAUAACGAUUUAUGACAUUGCCAGGCAGCUGAAUAUUUCGGCUGCUACGGUGAGCCGGGGGUUAAAAGACCAUCCUGGUAUCAGCACUGUCACCCGUAAAAAAAUCGCUGAGGCUGCUCAAUCAAUGGGUUAUCGUUCCAAUACUUUCGCCAGCAGUCUUCGGAGCAAAAAAACACAUACGAUCGGGGUAAUCGUUCCGCGACUAAACAGUCAUUUCGUGUCGUCCGUCCUGGCAGGAAUGGAAGACACGGCCAGCCGGGAGAAUUACAACCUUAUCAUUACACAAUCACUGGAAUCGUAUUCUAAAGAAGUCGCCAAUGCCCACACCAUGUUUAAUAAACGGGUGGACGGAUUGCUGGUAGCCCUUGCAUACGAUACAACCAAUACAGAUCAUUUCGAACAGUUUGCCAAAAAAGGAAUUCCCGUCGUUUUCUUCGACCGCAAUGAUCCCACGUUGAACAACACGAGUAUCCUCAUCGAUAACUAUAAUGCUGCCUAUGAUAUCACGAAACAUCUCAUUGAGCAGGGAGCCAGGAAUAUCAUGCACCUGACAGGUAGCCUGCUAAGAAAUGUAUUCGCUGACAGGCUUAGAGGUUUCAAACAGGCACUGGCUGAUCACAACCUGCCAUUCGAUGAAAAAACUAUGAUCAAUAUCGGCAAGCUUAACGAGCAGGCAGGUACCCAGGCAGCGGAACAUAUCCUGAAAAUGAAGAAAAGACCCGACGCCGUUUUCUCUGCCAAUGAUACCGCCGCCGUCUACUGCAUGAUAAAACUAAAAGAAGCAGGCGUCCGCAUUCCCGAUGAUAUCGCUUUCGCCGGUUUCAAUAACGACCCCAUCAGUAAAGUAGUAGAACCUAACCUUACAACAGUAAAUUAUUCCGGUUAUGAAGUCGGCGAAACCGCAAUUACCAGUUUGAUCAAACAUCUGAAAGGCACUUUUAAGAUUACAUCUACCAACACCAUCAUGCUUCGUUCUGAACUGAUCAUCCGGGCUUCGUCACUCAAAAACAAAAGUUUGUAG